UCUAUUUUUCGUCGGCAUAAGAAAAAUGUUUUUAUAAUUUAUUUGUUAAUUACAAACAAAAAAUAAGUGUGGAACGGAUAAAAGUUAAAUAAAACCAAGUCGUUUUACCUAAUUAAGACACUAGCGGUAUACUGCGACUAAGUUGAAUAAGCUUGUGUGCUCAGAUAGCAAUUGUACAUACUUGGUAUGUUUUAAAAUAUAGUUAUUGAUAAAACGUGAAUCGUAAAAAAAAAAACAAAAAAAUAAAACGAACAUAGAGCACAAACGACAUGGAUCUACUAUGUUCGGAGAGUUUACAAACUGAUUCCGAGCAGGCCUUAAACGUUGUGAUUCAAAACCAAUCGAAGUCCACCGCAGUUGCUGAAAGAACUUCAAAACAACAACAUAUUAAUAUUAAUGGCAACUCUCCGCAUUGCUCUUUAGGCUGCGAUUAUCGAUCGAGCAACGUUAAGAAGAAGACUUCCGCCGCCGCCGACAAGAGUGAUUUAAUUAAAGAUUCGCCCGUUGUUGCUUGCAAUAUGAGUAAGCUCGUUUAUGUAUUCACUUCUGUCGCGUCUUCUCCUUCCACUGGUGAAUCAACAACAACAACAGCUACAUCAAACAGUCCACAACAAAAUACGCAGUCAAUCGGUUAUCAAGCCACUAAUCAGCAGCCGCCGCCACCUACGCAUAAUUCUCCAAACACAAAAACAAUAAAUCGAUCAUUAACAACCAUAAAUACGAAUGCCGCUGAUCCCGAUCCAGAUAUUCAUAAUAAACAUGCGAAUGCACAUUUGGUUGUUAAUGAUCCCACAUUCAAAACUGAUCGCUGCUUAGAAAAUGCGCUCAAAACUGAAGAGAAACAUCAACAGCAAAUUACCAAAACAUAUUUCCAAACGAUUCAAAAAGAUAUAACGCCUCCUAUGCGCAAAAUUGUUGCUGAAUGGAUGAUGGAAGUGUGCAUCGAGGAGAAAUGUCAAGAGGAGGUUGUUUUAUUGGCGCUAGGCUAUAUGGAUCGUUUUCUAUUUUCUAAAUCGGUUCGAAAAACACAUCUACAAAUUUUAGCCGCCGCCUGCUUACUGCUCGCUUCUAAACUACGCGAACCUCAUUGUUAUGCACUAUCCGCGGAGCUCUUAGUUUUCUACACGGAUAAUAGCAUAAACAAAGAUGAUUUAAUAAAAUGGGAAUUAUUCGUGUUAAGCCGUCUAGGCUGGGAUCUUUCAUCGGUGACGCCCUUAGAUUUCCUAGAGCUCUUGAUCAUACGUCUGCCCGUCAAGAAUAAAAACUUUUCGGGCUUGAACAUUGAGCAAGUACGCCAGCACGCUCAGACAUUCAUAUCAUUAGCUGCCAAAGAACACAAGUUUGCUACAUAUACGGCUAGCACAAUUGCGGCAUCCAGCAUUGCUGCAUCGAUUUGUGGUCUCAAAUGGGAUCUGAGCACUGGUCACAAUAUUCAUUUUCUAUUAAGCCUGCUUACUGAUCUAACUAGUGUGGGACAGGAUCAACUUCAACAAUGCAUGAUGCAAAUGGAGGACAUAUUUAAGGAGCACAGUCAUAAUUUGCAACCAUAUUUUGUGACCGUUGAGAAUCCUCCAGCGUUAAAAGGAUAUUAUAAUCAAUAUUCACAUCAGCAGUAUCAUCAGUAUCAAAAGUCCAUGAUGCCAGUCUUGCAGACGUGCAAAAUGCAGGCUCAAGGAGCAAAGGAGCUACACGAAAUUGAGUUUUGAAAAUUUGGUUAAAUUUGAUAAUUUGGAAAUUAAUAUGCAGUCACAUCGCAUAUGCUAGAAGCUGUUAAACAAAUUUUUGCUGACUGAACCGCCUUAAUAUUAACAUAAUUUAACAUAUAUGACUCAUACAUUUGUAAAUGUGUACAAGUUAUAUUUUAAACAGGAUCGUAUACAGGCACGCCAGCUAGCUGCCAUUCUAUACUAUAAAUAAAUAAGACAAACACUGUAUUCACUAGUUAUUUUUUAUUUAACACACUUCCACAAGAUAAUUUUAAUUUUUUUUUGUUUCUCCAUGGGCUUACACAUAACGCUUUACUUUUAUAUAUUUUGAACUUGUACAGAUUUAUGAAUAUAUCUGAAACUAUAAUUUUAUGAAUUAUGUAUAUUGAAGCUACAAAUUUAAUAAUGAAAAAAACGGAGGAAAAAAAAAAGAAAACAGACUGAUUGUGAAACAAAAGAAAUCACUUAUGUAUGUAUAAUUUACGAACUAUAUUAAAAAUGAGUAAAAUA